GAGUUGACACGUGACCGAAUACUUCUUCAAUCUGAUAGGCCAAGCACUGCCUACAGUUACAGGUUGCUCUGCAGUCUGCUCCGAGUCCCCGAACAUUUGAUUGUAGAGAUGGUAAGUGGGCCUAUCAAAUCCCUUGGGAAAUAUUGUCAUUUAUUAUUUUCAUUCUUGUGAAACAAUAUCUUUAUCUCACUUUUUUUCAGCAUCAAGAUGAUCAAGCGCCUUCAGUACACUGCCCCUCAGCUGGCACUGGCAGUGGGGGGAGUGCGGGUACCAUGCAUUUUACCCGCGCAAAGGCACAGAGAGGAAAUACCAAGGGAAAAGAAGAAGUAGUUUCCAUCCACACAAAAAGUGUUAGUAGGAUGGACAGUCUCAAGCCUGUCAAAUAGCAUAUUCUCUGGGAAAAGAAGGCUGAGAUGCUCCAGUCUCGGGUGAAUGAGCUGGAGGAGGAAAAUGACUUCCUCAAGAGGCAGCUUGAAGAGAAGUCUGCACAAGAACAAGGUGGGAACUUGGAGAUAAUGGCCACUGGAGAUGAGGAGGCACGGGCCAUGAUUUUGGACUCCAGCACUGACACUACCACUGAUUCCAACACUGACUCCAGCACUGACUCCAGCUCCAGCUCUAUCUCUGACUCUUCAGAUGAGGGAAAGAAGAAAAAGAAGCGCAAAAAGAAGAAUGGCAAGAAGAAAAGCAAAAAAAGAAAGAAGGAAACCAAAAAGGUGAAGAGGUCAAACGGAAAAGGAGAGCGAGUUGCCUCAAUCGCAGAUGUGGUGAAAAGAUAUCGGCGUGUCCUCAAACUUGUGCAAAGAGGCUUCAGGAUGACCGCAGCUUUCAAGAAGGCUUGUGUUUCUAGAAAUGCUGUGAAAGACACGGCAGCAAUUGAAGAGAUUUACAUGGUAGACAAAAGUGUCCUAGAACAGUUCAAGGGUAAAUACACACUUUUGCAACUACCACAACUCUGUCAGAAAAAAAUUGUUGGUGAACUGGCAGAAAAGAUAAUUGAAAUGAAAAACAACAAACAGCUCAUCCCCUUUUCUGUCAAGAAAGACUGA